GAGGAUGUCGAUUUUUCUUAGCAACCCUUCAACAAUAUGGCGGCGAAUGUUAGACGGAAGGAGUAUCAACAUUAGACAAAGUGCUCGUGCAAAAUGACACUUAAUCCUCUGGCCAACCCGAAAGGGUUAAAAUUAGUCUGUGAAUUGUGCCAAAAACCAGCAUAUAUACAGUGUACAAAAUGUCGAGUCACGUAUUAUUGUGGUAUCGAACAUCAGAAAGCAGACUGGAUGGGAAUCCAUGAAAAAAUAUGUCAGAGUUUAAUCGCAUUAAGACAAGCAGCACCAUUUCUCCCAUCAGAAGAGGAGAGACAGAAAAGAGAAAAACAGCUGCAGAGUAAAAAGGAACACAUGAUUGUUUUGACCAGAACCACGGGACAGAAAUUGCUGUUUGAGGGACGGCAUGAGCAGGCUGUGCCUGCAGCCAUGCAGUCCUUGAGAUUUGCCAUCGAUGUUCAUGGCUUGGCUAGCAUUGAACUUGUGCCUUCUUACCUUAUCCUGGGAGAAGCCAGCAUAGGACUUGGAAGAUUAAAUCAGGCAGAAGAAUAUCUCGCCCAGGCCCAGUGGACUGUACUUAAAACACCAGAAUGUUCAAAUGCAAUAAAAUCCAAGUUGUACAGAAAUUUGGGACUAUUGUACGCUGCCAAAGGUGAAUACGAGGAGGCACUGCGACAGCUCGCUGAUGAUAUCUACCACUCUUCUGAAGAAUUUGGGACAGGAGACAUUCGGACUUCUGGUGGCUACUUUCACAUGGCUAAUGUUUUCUUCCGUCAAGGACGCAUGGACGUUGCAGAUUCUUUGUACAGUGAAGUUUCAAACAUUUGGUAUAAUCACUUAAUGAAGAUUGUUCAAGUGAGAACUAAAACGCCGGCCGCCCAGCAGGGAAUCGGGCCACUAAUCCCAGAACAAAUUGAGGAGGAAGACUCACUAGAUGAAGCUCAAGAAGCUGAGGCCAUACAGGUGCUAAAUGCAAUAUACGACAUGAGAGAACACCAAUCUAACAGGAAAGCCCAGGAUCUGGCACUUGUUUGUCAUGCUCUAGCCAUGUUAUACUUCAUACUGUUUGAUAUACAAAAGGCUAAAGAGUUUGGUCGAAAAGCAGUGGUAGCCAGCGAGGGGGAUCCGAGGGAUACUCUGUCACGAUCUGUGGUAGAAUUCAUGAAGAUUCUAGAAACUCAGAGGGUUCCAAACUAACUGUGAUUUUUUUUCCACUUAAAAAAUGAAAUUAAUGAAAAAGAUGUACUUUAUAUGUAUUUGUUGUAUUUACUGUAAGGCCAUUGUUAAAUGUCUUUGAAAUUUACAUAUUAAAAAGUUUUACAAUGUCAA